AUGCCGCCAUUACAUCUCCAGAAGCUCAACUCCUGCCUCAGUCGGCGGACUUCAGUCCUUUGUGCGGCCCUGGCGUUUGUGCUUCUCACUUUUUGGUUCUUGCAAGGGCCUGCCACCUCUACUCCGGAAGCCGGUCGGCGCCUACGUCCUGGAGAACGUCUGAAUCAGUUUGAUGGAACAUGGAACUAUGCGAGGGACAAAGACAAUCUGCAGCUCGAUCUGAAUCAGUGCGAGAAGGCAUUCCCCGGCUUGUUCAUCGAGGUUGAUCGAGCAGUCGAGACACGCAAAGGAUCUCGUAUCGAGGAGUCUGUUAUCGAUUCGAUUGAAGAACAGAAUGGCUUCGUUCGGGCUAUGAUCUAUGAUCAGAAACUGUACAUCAUCUCCAAGACCGGCGGAAUCUACUCGCGAGAACUUGCGACCCUCCAUGCUAUUCACCGAGCAAUCAUGACGUCCCCCGAAGUCCUUCCCAACAUCGAGUUCGCAUUCAACUCCGACGAUCGCAUUCCGUCCGUGCCUUUGUGGGGAUAUGCGCGACGUGCCGAAGACACCCACAUCUGGCUGAUCCCCGAUUUUGGGUACUGGAGUUGGCCUGAAACCAAGGUAGGAACGAUGGGUGAAGUUCGCAUGAAAGCAAGCUUCGAUGAGCAGUCUGGGCCAUGGUCGUGGAAAAGGAAGUACAACCAGCUGUUGUGGCGUGGAGCGACAAUGGGACUGAGCCUGCGCGAGAGGCUCCUCCAAGUAACACAGGACAAGGCUUGGGCUGAUGUGAAAGCGCUUGACUGGCAUAACCAGGACUCGAUGACGAAUGAUCUCAAGUCCAUGCCCGAACAUUGCCAGUACAAGUAUUUGAUGCAGACCGAAGGCAACUCCUACUCUGGUCGACUGAAAUACCUCCAGAAUUGCAGGUCUGUUAUCGUGAGCCAUCCUCUGGACUGGAUCGAACAUCAUCACCAUCUCAUGCGCUCCAGCGGACCCGACCAAAAUUUCGUCGAGGUUGAGCGGAGCUUCGAAAACCUGGAAGAGACUAUCCUCUGGCUACAGCAGUAUGAUGGUAGAGCAAACAACAUCGCCCAAAACAGCGUCCAAACGUUCCGCGAGCGUUAUCUGACGCCCGCAGCUGAAGCCUGCUACUGGCGAAAGCUCAUCCACGGCUGGGCUAGUGUAAGCUGGGAGCCUCACUUUUGGAAAGAUGAAAACGGAACACAGGUGUGGAGAGGACUACCUGCCGAGUCCUUCUUGCUGGAGCGAAGAUUGAGGUGGGACCCUUACUGA